AUGCAGAUAUCUGACUUGUUUUCCUGUUUUGAAGUGAGCGGAAUCCUGUUUGUGUUUUUUUCUGUGUUGCUAAUUGUAUAUCUAAUAAGAAAUAAGGAUCCACCAAAUUUUCCUCCUGGACCACGACCUCUUCCCCUGAUUGGGAAUAUUUUUAACAUUGAACCAAAACAGCCUCACAUCUACCUUACCAAGCUUGCUGAAGUCUAUGGGAAUGUGUACUGCAUCCGUGUGGGCCGGGACAAGAGUGUGUUUGUGUGUGGAUUUAAAAUGGUGAAGGAAACACUCGUGACGCAAGCUGAAAACUUUGUGGACCGACCGUAUAGUCCCAUGGUGACAAGGAUCUACUCUGGGAAUUCAGCUGGUUUGUUCUUCAGUAACGGUAAAGUUUGGAGAAGGCAGCGGCGGUUUGCCAUGGCGACACUGAGAGCCUUUGGUCUCACCACGAGUUCAAUGGAGGAGAGGAUCUGUGAGGAGAGCCGCAACCUGCACGACGCCAUGGAUAAGAACAGAGGAGAGCCCUUUGACCCUGUUCUACUUUUGAACAACGCAGUGGCCAACAUCAUCUGUCAGAUUGUAUUUGGCAGAAGGUUCGACUACAGUGAUCAGCGUUUCCAGGACAUGCUCUAUGAUCUAAAUGAACUGGCAUAUUUAGAAGGAUCUGUAUGGGCCUUUCUGUAUGAUGCCUUCCCAGCGCUGAUGGCACACAUGCCUGGGCCACACAAUGGCAUCUUCAGACACGCCAAGUCCAUAGGGGCCUUUAUCAAAGAGGAGGUCCAGAGACACAAGCCCGACCUCGACCCCAGCUCUCCACGGGACUACAUCGACAUCUUUCUGUUAGAGGCAAAAACCGGUAACAAAGAGCUGGGCUUCAGUGAGACAAACCUGGUGCUAUGUUGUCUGGACCUGUUCUUGGCUGGUACCGAAACUACCUCCAAGACUCUGCAGUGGGGUUUGAUCUACCUCAUCAACAACCCUCACAUCCAAGAGAAAGUCCACGCAGAGAUAGAGAAAGUGAUCGGACAGUCUCGACAGCCCACUAUGGCAGACAGAGCAAACCUGCCCUACACCGACGCAGUCAUCCAUGAGAUCCAGAGAAUAGGAAACAUAGUGCCCCUCAAUGGGUUCAGGAGGGCGGCCAAGGACGUGACACUCGGCGGAUACUUCAUUCCAAAGGGGACUUCAGUAAUGCCAAUCUUGACCUCAGUGCUGUUUGACAAAACUGAAUGGACCACUCCUGACAAAUUUAACCCACAACACUUUCUGGACUCAGAGGGAAAGUUUGUCAAGAAGGAGGCCUUCAUACCUUUCUCUGCAGGGAAGCGGGCGUGCCUGGGAGAGGGCCUGGCCAGGAUGGAGCUGUUUCUGUUUUUUGUUGGUUUGUUUCAGAAGUUUUCCUUUUCCACUUUGGAUGGAGUUGAGCUCAAAACAGAAGGAAUAAUUGGCGCAACACGCACCCCCCAUCCUUUCAAGAUCUAUGCUCAGCCACUCUGA